AUGGGGAUGGAAAAUGCUGUCUCUCGUCCUUUCACUCGUGCCCUUGCCUCUGCUUUGCGCGCUUCAGAAGCCACUUCUACUACACAGAAUCAACAGAGAGCAAACACAAAAAGACCAGCUUUAGAGGAUAAGGACGUCACUGCACCCAAUAAGAAGAAGAAGCGAACAGUUCUAGGGGAUAUCUCCAAUGUUAGCUUCAGAGCGGCUAAACUUGAGGCUAAAAACACCAAGCAGGUAAAGAAGGAACUGGGAUUGGCGAGUACAUCCCAGUUGACAUCUUCUGUUACUUCUGAAAUCACAGAUCUUCAAUCCGGGAACGAAUCAAAGCCAGAAGUUGAAUCAAUUACAGCAGGAAACCUGUCUCUUUGUAAAGACACAAAUGAGAAGUGGAAUUUCAGAUUGCCUCCAAGACCUCUUGGGAGAUCAGCUUCUAUAGUUGAGAGAAGUGCUGUUAUUGGUGGCUCAACUGCACCGGAUAUCCCGAAAUUCAUAGACAUUGAUUCAGAUGACAAGGAUCCUUUACUGUGCUGCCUCUAUGCCCCUGAAAUCUACUACAAUUUGCGUGUUUCAGAGCUCAAACGCAGACCCGUUCCUGACUAUAUGGAGACAGUACAGAAGGAUGUCACUCAGUCCAUGCGGGGGAUUCUGGUUGAUUGGCUUGUGGAGGUGUCUGAGGAGUACACGCUUGUACCUGACACUCUUUACCUCACAGUGUAUCUCAUAGACUGGUUCCUCCAUGGAAACUACGUGCAAAGACAGAAGCUUCAACUGCUCGGCAUCACAUGCAUGCUAAUUGCCUCGAAGUAUGAGGAAAUCAAUGCGCCGCGCAUUGAAGAGUUUUGCUUCAUCACGGAUAACACCUACACGAGAGAUCAGGUCCUGGAAAUGGAGAACCAAGUUCUUAAGCAUUUUAGCUUUCAGAUAUACACUCCCACUCCAAAGACGUUCCUCAGGAGAUUUAUCAGGGCAGCGCAAGCCUCUCAUCUGAGCCCGAGUCAUGAAAUCGAAUUUCUAGCCAGCUAUCUAACGGAGUUGACGUUAUUAGACUAUCAUUUCUUGAAGUUUCUUCCUUCCGUCAUUGCUGCUUCAGCGGUUUUUCUUGCCAGGUGGACAUUGGACCAAUCAAGCCAUCCAUGGAAUCCAACACUGGAGCAUUACACAACGUACAAAGCGUCAGAUCUGAAAGCAUCUGUUCAUGCCUUGCAAGAUCUACAGCUUAACGCCAAAGGUUGCCCCUUGAGCGCUAUACGCAUGAAGUAUAGGCAAGAAAAAUUCAAAUCUGUGGCGGCUCUCACAUCUCCAAAACUACUUGACACGCUAUUCUGA